AUGACUUCCACCUCGGCGUCGGGCGCCGGGGCCAGCGCCGCUGCCGACGCGCUCGCCACCCCCGUUCACAACCCCCGUCGCGUGAGCUCGGUACGACCUAGCUUCUCGACGUUCCAUGAGCCACACCGCCGCAGCCGUGCGGCCAGUCGAUCCAGCCACCACCACUUUGACGAUGCCGACUUCAAGCUGCCUUCCCUCGUACCUGGCAUCCGGCCAGCGUACUCGACGCCACUCCCGGUCCUGCCCAUGAUCGUGCUCUGCAUCGCCAUGCUGUCUGAACUGCUAUCGGCCAACUUGUCCCAGCCAUUCAUGCUGAACAUGGUCGAGAAGUUCUUCCUCGCCAAGGGCCACACUCCGGAGGACGACCUCGAUGCAACUGUCGGUCUUUGGACUGGUAACCUCGUGUCCGUCUUCUACAUCACUCAAUUCCUCACUUCGCUCUUGUGGAGCAGCAUCGCCGACCGGCAUGGUCGCCGCGCUGUCCUUGUGGCGAGCAUGCUCGGGAAUGGCGUUGCGCUCCUCAUGUUCGGCACAUCGCAAUCUCUCCCGGAAGCGAUCUGCGUGCGCCUUAUCCAAGGAAUUUUUGGCGGUGCAAUCGGAGUGUUCCGCGGGUCGGUCCGCGAUCUGACGGACGACACGAACGCAACUAGAGCGUACGCGAUGCUCGGCUUCUCGUGGGGCCUCGGUGGUGUGGUUGGGCCUGUUAUUGGCGGCGUGUUCGAGAGCCCCUCCGUUAAUUGGCCCGGAACCUUCCUUGGUCGCAUCCCCAUGUUCGAGCGCCUGCCGUAUUUCCUGCCCACGCUACUCGGCGGCUCGAUCAUGUUCAUCGGCGCCGUCCUCGCAUGCUUCCUCUCAUGGGACGGAGGUGUCCGUGGUGGCCAACGUAUCCAGCUCGAGGUGGAAAAGGACGAACCUCUGGCUGCGGCACGCGGCGAGACACCCGCUCCCUCUCGUCGUCCUACGCUGUCUCAGGCUAUGCGUAUCAGCAAUACCGGUGACCUCCUGUCGCCCGCUGCUCAUGAGGGUACGCCUCUUGGAGGCUCGAUGUACGGCCAGACUCCAGGUUAUUCGUCGUCACAAGCGCCGCAGUAUGGCCAGUCUGCCCCGCGCCCGAUGCCCCGGCACGAGAGCAUGGCGAGCAUCGGCACGGCAUACGGCUACGGUGGUAUUCGUUCAAAGCACCCCACGCUUGCGGCACGCCGCGCCAUCGAGGCUGCACGCCGACGUUCUGCUGCGCAGGGAGGGAGAGGGUCGGUUGGCGAAGAGGAUGCCGAUCGCAACAUCAGCUUCGCCACCAAGCUGCUGCUCGCCAACGAGGAGAACACGUUCAACAUUAAUGAUCUUUGGCUCUCGGCCGCCGUUGCCCAAGACACGGCGGUGUUCGACGACGAUGAUGAGUAUGAUGAGGACCUCGCGGACGAUGACGACGAAAUUAGAGAAGGCAACUUGGUUGACCUGGACGACGCGUCGUCGUCGGUUGUCGAUACUGAGGACAACAGCGGGACUCCCCUGGACUCGAGCUUCUCUUCCCCAGUUACACAACUGGGCUCACCUUCGCGCACCAACUUCCACCGCACCCGCACGGCGUCGCUGCGCUACGGUAGACCCCGUGUGUUCAGCACCGCGAGCACGACUGCUGGCUUCCGUCGGCCAUCAGGUGUGUCGUCUCGCCGCCACAGCGGCUCGUCCAACGUCAUCCCCGCCAUCUUCUCCAACACGGGCCUCGCGUCCACGCCUGGCAUUGCGGCUUUCGAGGAGCCUGCUGACGACGGGAACGACCUCUUCUCUCCCACCGGCACCGUGCGCCGUAUGGGGGUCCCUGCGCUCACUGCAAUCAACGAGCAGCAGCAGUCGUCUCCGACGGCAUCGUCGAGUUCGUCCACGCAUGUUGCUGAGAAGCCGACGUCGCGGUGGAAACUCCUGCCGCUUCUGGUCAUCUCGCAGUACGGCCUGCUGGCGUGCCACGACUCGGCGCACGCUCAGAUCUUCCUGUCGUUUAUUAUCACGCCUUACAAGAGCGGUGGCGUCGGCGUCACACCGGCCAACUACUCGGUCUUCGUCGCCAUCAUGUGUGUCGGCCAGCUCGUCUACCAAUUCUACCUUUUCCCACGUCUUGGCCCUCCUCUUGGUCGCUUCUCGAUGCUCCAGAUGUUCCGUCUUGGAUGCUGGCUCUAUGUCCCCGGCUACAUCCUGGUGCCGCUCCUGCACCCGAUCGCGUCGCCCACUAGCCCCGGCAACUUUAUCACCAUGACGUCCAUGUCACUCAUCUCGGCUCUCCGAUACUGCGGCGGUACCUUUGCCUACACGGCGAUUAUGAUCCUAAUUAACGUCAUGUCGCCACCCCACCUCAUUGGCCUAUCCAACGGCCUGGCCCAGUCGACCGUGUCAAUGGCACGCUUCUUCGGCCCUGCCAUCGGCGGCGCCAUCUGGAGCUCGGCCAUCGGCGGCAACCCCUCUGGCUACCCUAAUGCCUUCUACAUUGUGACUAUCAUCGCCACCAUCCAGUGUCUCGGCACGUACCUCAUCCACUAA